AUGGCUGCUAAUCCCCCGUUUCUUCUCCACCUUUUCAUUUUCAACCUAUUGGCCAGUUUCACCAUAAACCCUAGUCUCUGCACUGAUUUAGACGAUGAAUUCUCGGUUCUCGGCUUCGGUUUCGAUCAGUUUCAGGGAGACUACACGCCUCCUUCGCCACCUUCGAGUCCGCCGCCACCUCACCCUCCACCGCUCUCGUGUCAGGGGGGUCUCAAUGGAAUUGGGUCUCUGGACACCAUUUGUGAGCUCAACUCAAGCUUGAUUCUUGAAGAUGAUGUGUUUAUAGAAGGCAAUGGGAGCUUAUAUAUACACCCUGGUGUUAAUUUGAGCUGCCCACUAUUGGGUUGCUCAUUUGUGGUUAAUAUUAGUGGAGAAUUUAGUUUAGGUAGCAAUUCAAUGAUUAUUGCAGGUUUAGUUUCGGUUAAUGCUUCAAAUGCAAACUUGUCAAUAGGGUCAGUGAUAAACGUUACGGCAUUGGCUGGUGCACCCCCGCCGCAGACUAGUGGCACCCCAGAGGGUGUGCAGGGCUCUGGUGGAGGGCAUGGUGGGAGGGGUGCUAGUUGUGUGACCGAUAAUACGAAGCUCCCUUCCGAUGUUUGGGGUGGGGAUCCAUAUGCGUGGUCAUCGUUGGAUGAGCCCGUGAGUUAUGGGAGUAAGGGUGGCACGACUAGUAAGGAUGAGAAGGAUGGUGGGGAAGGAGGUGGGAGGAUUUGGUUGGAGGCCAGAAGUUCAAUUGAUGUUGGUGGGAGUGUUUUGGCUGAUGGUGGUGAUGGUGGGAUUAAGGGUGGAGGAGGGUCUGGAGGCAGCAUAUUUAUCAAAGCUUAUAGAAUGACUGGAAGUGGCAGGAUAAGUGCAGUGGGGGGUAAUGGAUUCGCUGGAGGAGGAGGUGGCAGAGUUUCCAUCAAAGUUUUCAGCAGGCGUGAUGAUACAGAUAUCUUCGCUCAUGGGGGAAGGAGUUUAGGCUGUCCUGAAAAUGCAGGCGCUGCAGGGACAUAUUAUGAUGCUGUACCUCGGAAACUUAUUGUCAGUAAUCACAACUUGUCCACACAGACUGACACGCUUCUGUUAGAGUUUCCUAAACAGCCACUUUGGACCAAUGUUGAUAUCAAAAAUCAGGCCAAGACUUUGGUUCCUUUGUAUUGGAGCCGUGUUCAGGUUCGAGGUCAAAUUCGUUUAACAUGUGGUGCAGUUUUGAGUUUUGGUCUUGCACAUUAUGCUUCAUCAGAGUUUGAGUUAAUGGCAGAAGAGCUUCUGAUGAGUGAUUCUGUUGUCAAGAUAUUUGGGGCUCUUCGAAUGUCUGUCAAAAUGCACUUGAUGUGGAAUUCUAAAAUGCUUAUAGAUGGUGGCGCUGAUGCACUUGUGGCAACAUCCUUGCUUGAGGCAAGCAAUUUAGUGGUUCUCAGGGGGUCAUCUGUGAUACAUUCUAAUGCAAAUUUGGGAGUUCAUGGACAAGGUUUCUUGAAUUUGUCUGGGCCAGGAGAUCUGAUUGAAGCACAACACCUCGUUCUGUCUCUGUUUUUCAGUAUCAAUGUUGGACCUGGAUCUUUACUGCGAGGGCCUCUGGACAGUGGCAGUAGUAAUUUGACGAAACCUCAACUCAACUGUGAACUUCCAAACUGCCCCAUGGAAUUACUUCAUCCGCCCGAAGAUUGUAACAUGAACUCUACAUUGACCUUCACUCUUCAGAUCUGUCGUGUUGAAGAUGUUAUUGUUGAAGGCAUUGUAUCUGGAUCUGUUAUUCAUUUUCACUGGGUUAGAGCUGUAGCGGUCCACUCUUCUGGGGUAAUUAGUGCAUCUGGGCUAGGUUGCACUGGUGGGAUGGGUAGAGGAAAGUUUUUUGUAAAUGGGCUUGGUGGUGGUGGGGGCCAUGGUGGCAAAGGUGGGGAUGGGUAUUACGACGGAAAUUUUAUUGAAGGUGGUGUUUCCUAUGGAGAUGCUGAUUUACCUUGUGAACUUGGUAGUGGCAGUGGAAAUGAUAGCCUAGCUGGUGCAACUGCAGGUGGUGGUAUUAUCGUAAUGGGUUCAUUGGAGCGCUCGCUGUCAAGUUUGUCUCUUGAUGGUUCUCUUAGAGCUGACGGAGAAAGCUUUGGAGAAGAUUUUUUGGAGCAAUAUAGUAGGACCUUUUCAAAUAUAGGUCCUGGUGGUGGAUCUGGUGGAACUAUUCUUUUGUUUGUUCAAACAUUGGCACUUGGUAAUUCAUCUACAAUCUCAACUGUUGGUGGACAUGGUAGUCCUAGUGGUGGUGGUGGAGGUGGUGGUGGAAGGAUUCACUUUCAUUGGUCGGAUAUACCAGUUGGUGAUGCAUAUCUACCCAUAGCAAGAGUGAGAGGAAGCAUUGUUACUGGGGGAGGUUUCGGUAGAGGUCAUGGUCUUGCUGGGCAAAAUGGGAGUAUUACUGGAAAGGCCUGUCCUAGAGGGCUUUAUGGUAUCUUUUGUGAGGAAUGCCCUGUGGGCACUUUUAAGAAUGUCAGUGGCUCUGAUAGAGCCCUUUGUCAUGCUUGCCCGUCUCUCGAGCUUCCACAUCGUGCUAUAUAUGUUACUGUUCGAGGUGGUGUUAGUGAAACUCCUUGUCCAUACAAGUGCAUUUCUGACAGAUAUCACAUGCCAAAAUGUUAUACAGCACUUGAAGAAUUGGUUUACACUUUUGGUGGACCAUGGUUGUUCAGUCUUAUUCUGUUAGGUCUCCUCAUCCUUUUAGCUCUUGUGCUUAGUGUUGCACGAACAAAAUAUGUUACUGCAGAUGAAGUACCAGCUCCUUUACCUGCUCGACAGGGGUCACGUUUAGAUCAUUCCUUCCCUUUCCUGGAAUCGUUAAAUGAGGUUUUGGAAACAAAUAGAAACGAGGAAUCUCAGAGUCAUGUACAUAGGAUGUAUUUCAUGGGGCCAAAUACAUUCGGUGAACCUUGGCAUCUACCUCAUUCCCCUCCAGAACAAGUAACAGAGAUUGUAUAUGAGGAUGCAUUCAAUAGAUUUGUGGAUGAGAUUAAUGGUUUAGCUGCUUAUCAGUGGUGGGAAGGAUCAAUCUACAGCAUUCUUUCUGUUUUUGCCUAUCCACUUGCAUGGUCAUGGUUACAGAGUCGACGGAAAAAGAAGUUACAACAACUUCGUGAAUAUGUUCGGUCAGAAUAUGAUCAUUCUUGCUUGCGUUCUUGUCGUUCACGUGCACUGUAUGAAGGGCUUAAGGUAGCUGCAACUUCUGAUCUAAUGCUUGCAUAUGUGGACUUUUUCCUGGGUGGAGAUGAGAAAAGAGCUGGUCUUCCUCCCCGUCUUCAUCAGAGAUUUCCGAUGUCUAUAAUUUUUGGAGGAAAUGGAAGUUACAUGGCUCCUUUCUCUCUUCACAGUGAUAACAUUCUUACUAGCCUUAUGAGUCAGUGUAUUCCACCUACAAUCUGGUAUCGGCUUGUAGCUGGUCUAAACGCUCAACUGCGUUUGGUUCGGCGUGGACACUUAAAAUUAACUUUGGGUCAUGUUAUCAGCUGGCUUGAAACACAUGCAAACCCUGCUCUUAGUGCAUAUGGAAUACAUGUAGAUCUUGCCUGGUUUCAGCCUACCGCAUCUGGAUAUUGCCAGUUUGGACUUUUGGUAUAUGCUAUUGACAAUGAAAGUAUGCCACCAGCGCUGGAUGGUCAAGAUGCAUCAUUGCCGCCAGAGCAUCAGUCACGUACGCCAAGAAAUCAUAGGGAAAACCCUUUUGAACAAUUGAGACUCAUUGACCAUUGGAUGUCUCAAAAAAGGUUCUCUGGAGGGAUUUUACACACCAAGAGCUUAAGGAUGUUUAAAGAGAGGAAAGCUAUAUGUUAUCCCUUUUCCUUCAUAGUUUGUAAUGGCAAACCUGUUGGCCAUCAGGAUCUUGUUGGUUUGGUCAUCUCUAUUCUUCUGUUGGGAGAUUUUAGCAUAGUCUUGCUCACUUUGCUGCAGCUGUAUUCUAUUUCACUGUUGGACUUCUUCUUAGUCUUAUUUAUUCUUCCUCUUGGACUACUAUUCCCCUUCCCAGCUGGAAUCAGUGCUUUGUUUAGUCAUGGACCGAGACGGUCAGCAGGUCUUGCACGUAUAUAUGCUUUGUGGAAUAUCACAUCCUUGACCAAUGUUGUUGUUGCUUUUACGUGUGGAUUGAUUCAGUAUACGACCCACUCGCAGAAAAAGCAUUCCAACUUUCAGUCCUGGAAUUUUAGCAUGGAUGAAAGUGGAUGGUGGGUGCUUCCUUCUGGUUUGGCACUGUGUAAAAUUAUCCAAUCACGGCUCAUUGAUUGCCAUGUGGCUAACCAGGAAAUUCAGGAUCACUCAUUGUACAGCAAUGACCCUGAUGUGUUCUGGCAGACAUGA